UACCUCUCCUACCUCAGUCAAAUGUAUCUCACUGACAAGUGUAUCGAUGAGAUAUCUCAGAUGUUUUUGUGUAGGUCUGGUUUAGACUACUCUGUUGUUUUGGUUUAGUUUUUAUAAUUGUAAACCCUUCAUGACCUCUGACCUUACAAGCAUGUCAAGGCCAUGCCGUGUAUUGAUAGUAGUGUGGUUCAUUCUGUAUUUCACAUCACUAGGAAAGUGUGAACCAACGACACCGUUCUUCCACUCACCCACCGUUCUGUCUGCGUGCCAGUUCAAAACCUUAUGUAACUACACCAGUUACCAUGACAACACCAGUAACCUGAGCUGGGUGCUGGCUGAUGGAGGGAUUAAACCGAUCAUUAAUUACUGGGAUAAUUACGCUGAUGAACAAACAUACUACGCUUACCUUGAUGUUAAAAAUGGCGGCACCAGAGGAAGUAGAGCCAUGCUGAGCGCUGAGAUAGGAAGUGACGUCACUGCCAUCAACGUCCUGUUCCAUUACGUCACGACGGGUGUGGAGGCUCAAAACCUGCGCGUCUACCUCCAGUCUACACCAGGCUACGGCCCAGGCUACUCGCCCGAUGACGUCAUGUUCCGGUUGGAAAACUUUACAACUAACAUGGACUGGAUGGCAGCCAACUUCACAUGCUGCCUGCUGGGCAGGAAUUACAUUUCCUUUGAAAGUUCCAAACCUUCUGAUGACGCCUACACGUCUGUUGCUGUUGAUGGGAUCGUGAUAACUGUUGCUGAUGUUGCCUGUCCGGCUAGAAGAAAUGGUACCACAGACUCAAACACCACAGAACCAGAAAACACGACCACAACAACAACUGCUAAUACAACAACUACUAGCACCCUCUCCACAACAGCUACCAACACGCCAUCAACCAUAACCACCACAACAACAACUACCACAAUACCAAUUACAGAUUCAACAAUCGCAACCACCACAUCUAAAGCAACAAGUACACCUCGCUCGACUACUACAACAGGCACAUCAUCUCCAUCUGACCAUAUACCUGUAGAUAAAGAACAUAGCCUGAUCUCCAUCCCGUUUAGUAUUAAAUUUAACCAAGAGUUUAGUCCAUCGCUGCUCUCCCCUGUGUCAAUGAUCUACAACAGUACAGUCGAAAACUAUACAGCUAUGCUGACUCCUGUGUACAGAGAUGUUUCAAACUUUGACAAAGUUGUCAUCACAAAAUUCUGGCCGGGUAGUAUCGGCAUCGACUAUGAUAUAAACCUGAAAGCAUUCAGUCAACAAGAGCCAGUGAACGUCAUCAAGGUCAGCAAACAACUAGCAGACACCAAACAACUUCUGCUUGAUCUAGACAACGUGGACAAAACCUACGUCAACAGCACCUUCAAACAAAAUCUGGACGAUUCCCUGCACGUGCUGGAGGAGUUUUCCCGUGACGUGUGUAGGAGUGAGCACAUCUGUAAUGACACGCACGUGUGUAACUCAACCAGCCAGGUGUGUGAUCACAAAUGUUUCAACUUCCGGUGUCCAGUCAACGCCGAGUGUUACGUCACUGGCCAGCACACACCAAUGUGUAGGUGUAGCGAUGGCGCCGAUUGUUCGUCUGCUGGGAGCACUUCCGGUCUGACGACCACACACAUCGUCGCUGUUGGUGCUGGGGUGGGCGGGGCUGUUGUCGUCAUCAUCAUCAUCAUCGCUCUGAUCGUCUGCCUCAAACGACGCAAACUCAGCAAGAAAGCCUACGACCAGGCGGCCAUCUUUGAUGACGUCAUGCAGUACAAACUAACGGAGAAACUCCCGCGCUUUUCGACAGCAGGCUGGUCAACCUACAGCCCGGCCGAUGACGUCAGAAUGGAGACGUCUGCUGACCCCUAUAGGUUCAAGAUCCCAAGGCCUCGACUGGUCCACGAUGGUCAACCGGAAGCCAUUAUGUUAUCCUCCUACCAAAGGCCUUCAGCAGAAGUCCGCUUUAAAUUGUAGCUAAUCUCAUAGUGUGCUUGUGACUCACAGUAAUCAACCACGAUAAUAAUUUAUGUAAAAUUGUUACUGCCUUGGUUUAUGAAAAGGUGUUUUAUUUUAGAAAAGAACAAUUUGGAAUGCUGUAAAAUAUUACUUUGAAUACAUUUUUUGGUUCUUAUAAGAUGAAAUAAACGCCUUUUAUAAUUAAGUCAAUGCAGGGAAGUUUUCUAGAAGUGUUCUGACAUGACUGAAUUAGAAAGUGAUCAAUGUCAUGUUUGUUGGUGAAAGUUUCACACUUGGUGAUAUUCUAAUUAGGAUCUAAGUGAUUUUAUGUAAUAAUGUUAACAUGCCACCAUAGCAUUUGUGAUAAUUUUAACAUUCCUCCAUUGUAUGAUAGUGUUAGCAUAAUUCCAUAGUAUAUGUGAUUAUGUUAACAUAAUUCCAUAGUAUAUGUGAUUAUGUUAACAUAAUUCCAUAGUAUAUGUGAUAAUAUUAAAAUUUCUCCAAACUAGGCCUAUAUAUGAUAAUGUUAACUUGGUCUUGUGAAGCGUAUCUUUAAUAAAGCCGUAUCUAAUGAGUUAUUGUUAUGAGAAUGAUGCUUUACUACCUAAAAAUAAAACAAGUUGUUG